UAAAUAGUUUUAAUAUUUUAUAGAUAUAUAUUUGUAAUUAACUGUCCAUAAUGACAGUAUAAUAUGUAAUAAAAUAAAGUAUCAUUUGACUCAGAUGACGAAAACAAGACACUUCCGACUUGGGCGUAACAGCAGCUUCUACGUAGUUAGAUGGCAGCUGAAGAAGAAGAUAUUUACGGAUUUUGGACAAUCUUGUAGCGUUUGCCGAUGCGUAGCCUAUUUUCAUCAAAGCGUAGGGCCACGUCGUUCUCGUGUAUAGGAAAUGUUAAAUUUCUUAUACACUCCUGUGAACAUUUAUUUUCCAUAAAAAGGAUUUAAUUGUUAAUCAAAUGUGAGUGGCUUUUCUGUCGUUCAAAAAAGCCGAAGUUUUUUUUGACAGCGUUUCAUUUCGAAUAACUAGCAGAAUCUGGUACAGUUUUCAUUAUAUUUUUAUCACACAGCUAUAUAUAUUUCGUAUUGGAUAUAAUAAAAAUAGACAAAAAUUAAUAUUAAAAUAUUUGAGGGAUAGGCAGCAUAGAACUAUUAAUGCAGUAGUGAUGUAACUUCGUUGUAUCGUUGGGAUUGUCGGGUUUUCACGCUGAAAAUUGCAUGCAAGGUAUCUAUUUUAUGUUAAAAUUGCAAGAGUGAUAAUCGAAUAUUAUUUGAACGCUAUAAAAAGUGUUAGUGAUUGCAUAUGCCUAAGAAAACUACGAUUUUGGUAAAAAUUUUAAUAUAAAUGGAUCAUCAUGGUGAGCUAUAAAUAGAAGUUGCUCGGUGAUGUCAAGUGAAAGGGUGGGGUCAUAACAGUUAUUGGCUGACGUUAAAAGGGAUUCGAAAUGUGAUUGGUUGGUUGUGUAACCAUUCUGGGUGGGAGGAUAUGCGCAGAAGUAUUGCGCAGGAAGAGAUUCGCCAGUUGACCAUCCAGUGAUCACCGUUAACUGAAGAGCUUACCUCUCACAUUGAUAGUUUUACUAUUUGUAGCUUUUGCAUAACUGCAGUAUUUAUAGAUUUUUCUGAUUAGGGAAUGCAAAAAUAACGAAACAAUUAAAAUAACAAAGACUGUACAAAAAUCCUAUCGAUUAUUAUCUCCGUUUUUGUGAGGAUAGAUUCUUUGUACAGUUAGUUGAAUGAAAGGACGAUGAGAGUAACGAAGCGUUUCAAGAAUUUGACUUUAAUGAACGAUUAUCGGUGAAAAUAUAUUUUAGGCUUAGAUUUGCGUCAUGAUCCUUUGUUUGUACUUCGAUAUGCGUUAAAUCGUCAAGAAUAACAUCAAAAUGUGGAAGGGGAAAGCGGUAGGAUCAAUAACCUUCGCCUGUGUGACCUCCUAUUCUAUUUCUGGCAUUAGCAACUUUCGAUAUUCGCCGCACGAUGUAAAUAGAUAGUUUAAUGAGAGAUUAUUUAAAAAUUAAUGUAAUUUAUUUUGUUAAUGCUCCUAUUGAGUAAUAAAAUGGUGAAGCCACGUAUAGAUCCUCUAUCUUUAUUGAAAUGUCUUAGCGUUUUAUUGGGGCCAACUGGAGGUAUUAAAAGUAAAGAAGAAGUUCAUCGAUUGACUAAUUUAAUGACAAAGUUUUCAAAGAAACUAGUUUCAAAAUGCAUUUACAUCCAAAUAUUAAAAACUACAAAUACUGAUUUACUUAGCCAAUUCAUGGGUGCUGGAGGAUGGAAUCUCAUUCACAUGUGGCUAACUGAUGGUAUUCUUGCAAAAAAUUGGGCUCUUAUUCAAGAACUUCUUGAACUGCUGUUAUUAUGCCCAGUAGAUAUUGAAAGAUUAAAAAGCAACAAUUGCCCGAAACUGAUAAAAGGUUUAUCAAAAGAAGGCAGUCAUCAAGGUGUUAGAGUGUUGGCUAGCCGAUUAGUUGAGCAGUGGUUAAAAAUAGUGAAAGGAGAAGCUGCACCAAAUUCUGUACCAGCACAAAUCAUGACUAUUCCAGUACAAACUCCUGGAACUUUGGGACAAAGUUUAGUUUCCCAAUCGACACAGCCACAGCAACAACAGUAUUCCAUUCAUUGUGGUAUUCAAGGUUCUGAUGGUUCUGAAAAUGCAACAGUUCAGGUGCAAGAUCUACAAUUUAUUCCAAAUUCUACAUCAACUAUCGCAGUAUCCCAUGUUCAGCAACAACAAUCACAAGAGCAACAGCAUCAGUUACAAGAGAGGUCAACUGUACAAUCAUUACAGUUGCAAGUUGUUAGUAAACCUCAGCAGGUGCAAAUACAACAACAAUUAUCAACUCAGCAAUCAAAAAAGCCAUCUUUCGUUGUGGUAUCUACAUCUUCUCAAUCUCCAGUUCCUGUGUAUAAAAUUACAAUUCGUGAAGGGAAACAAAUUCUUACAAAAGUGGAGACGGAUGCUGCAAAUAUUACUAGUGUUUUAAAUGCAAACAGUACAAACGUAGACAUUAACGGAGAUAUUGUGGAUAAUACGCUUCCUGUGAAAGAGAACUCCGAGGAGGAAGCAACAUCUACAGAACUUAGUGAUGGUGUAGUCAGUGGGCAAGAUUGUGAAGCGGAUGUUGUACGAUCUGAAAAAUUAGACCAAGUUUCGAGUGAAGUGAAACAAACUGUAGUAGAUUCCACGGACAGUCUUGAUGUGGAUGUUGUUAAAAGUAGGGACAAUAAAGACAUUAAAGAUAAUGGUAGUAGUGAAAGUAGUAAGUCUAGUAAUAAAGAAAAUCGGGACUCUACUAAGAAAGAUGACAAAAAGUCUAGUAGUUCUGAUAAGAAAAAUCAUCAUAGCUCGUCUUCAUCUUCUAAAAGUUCUUCUAAACAUACCUCAAGUUCCAGUUCGCAUCGUAGUAGUUCCGCAUCUUACAAAUCCAGUAGUCAUCGCUCUAGCUCUAGUAGUAGUAGUUCGAAAAGUUCUAGUUCCAAGGAUAAGUCUUCCAAGGACAAGGAUAAACAUCAUUCAUCCAAUUCAUCUAGUAAACAUAGUUCUAGUAAAAGUAAAUCUGAUAAAGAACGAGAGAAAGAAAAACAGAAGAAGGAUCAGGCAGAGAAGGACAAAGCAACUUUAGAAAAAGUACAAGGACAGGCGCUGAGUUCAAAGUUGGGGAAAAUACCUAAGAAGAAAUCGGAAGAAGAAAAAUCGGGGGAUGCAGCUGUAAGAAAAUCGUCGACCGAUUCACGGGAUAGUUCUAAAGAAAAUAAGACUGAUUCAAAGAAAAUCGUUGCAAUGCCAGAAAAAAAGAAUAUUUCUAUUUCUAUCGAGAGUAGGAAAAAUUCUCAGGAUUCUACAUCACGACCAAAGACUGUGAAAACAUUUAACUCUAAAUUCCGAUCAACAGGUCUGGAGGAAGAAGUCAAACCUCCUCCACCUAGAUCAGCAAAAAAACCAAAUCCUAUCAUUGAUAAAAAGGUUAUACCACAAAAAUUACCUGUUUUAAAGAGGCCAUCUCCACUUAGAGACGCUAUUCCAACGGCGGAUAAACGAGCUAAAUUAUCAUUGGACUCGCCAACAACACCACCGAGCGAAGAAAAGAAAGGAGGCAUCAAAUUAAUACCACCAAAACCAAAACCAAUGGUUUUGCAAGAAAGCGAUAUGUUUAUGGAUGCUUUGACAGCGUCGACGAAAAGCAAAGAGCCGCGAAAGAGGAAGCGAAGGACAUCAAUCACGAAGGAUGGUCCGUCGGAAGCAAAGAAACAGGAAACUGCCAGUAACGAUAAUCGUGAUGUUACACCUCCACCCACCUCACCACCAAGUGCCGAUGAAAAAUCACCUGUAGUUGUCAAGCCUAACUUUAAGUUCUAUCAAGACACUUUGGAAACAGAUGAAGAUAAAGAGCAGAAAGAGAAAGAGAACUCGGACGAUGAUGUUAAGAAAGAGAAAGAAGAGACUUCCGAUGAGAAAGAAAACAGGAUAUUUAAAGCGGAUGUUGACGAUGAUGGAAGUAACACACCAACACCUGACGAUGAUGCAGAAGAAAAGACCUCCGAUUCCCCGGAGGAUACGUCUUCCAUGUCCGAUUCCGCGAAGAAAGAGAACUCCGGUUCUUAUCCAGAAAUACGUUACGUCGAUGGUCUAAGAAGCGUUUUGUUGCUUCAAAAACGCAAAGGGCCGAAGAAAUCAUUGAAAUGGAAGACGGAUUUGGAGUCGGUUCGUUAUUUCGAAUUAGAUGAAACGGAAAGAGUGAACGUAACGAAAACAUUCACCGAUAUGAAACAAAUGGAAAAGCAAAAUGAGAGGGAAGCAUUCCAGAUGGCUAGGAAAUUAAGUACUGAAGAUCUGAUGGAAGAGAGAACAAGGUGGAAACCUUUAAUUCCGAUCGAUCUACCUCCUGCCUUAGUAGAGUCCGGAAAAGAUAGCAGAGAAAAAGAUAUUCAGUAUGCUCGGGAGAAAGGCAUUUUACAAGCGCUGUACUUCAACCGAAGCAUGAUUCCAGACUCGGCAGCAGAGCCUGAUGAAGAACGUCACCAUGUAUAUAGUGAACCUAAAACCAUUCCUUUGGACGAUCUCACGGGAAACAAGGAAAGUGAAAAAGACUUUACUUCCAUGCCGUGGCCAGAACCAAAACCUCAAUUGCAACCUCAGACGCCUCCAGUUUCGAGCUUCCACUAUUCCUCGUUCCCUCAUAAUCAACAACCAGUGAUGGCACCUAUGGGUCCCCAGACCUCAAUGGGACCAAUUCCUCAAAUGUCUCAGCAGAUGAUGCCACCUUCUCACAUGGGUCCAUUAGGUCCAGAAAUGGGAGGUCCAAUGUCCGCUGGAGGAGGAGGUUGGAGAACUGGAGAUGGAAAAGUAGUUGUACCAGAUGCAAUGGGUAUGAAUCCAAUGGGAAACAUGCCAAAUGCAUUUCCACCUGGAAUGGAAGGUGGUCCAAUGGUACCACCUGGAAUGUUGGGACCGCCGCCUAUGUACAAUCAGCAACAAGAAGGUUAUGGUAUGAUGGGGCCAGAAGACAUGGGAUUUAAUAAUAUGAAUCCAAAUAAUUUUCAAGGACCACCUGGUCCUUUGUAUGGUCCUGGGCCUAACUUUCAGGGCCCCAGGGGUGGUGGCCCGAUGCAUGGUAGAGGUAGAGGUGUUCCUGGGCCUGGUUGGUACAGAGGUGGUGGAGGACCUCCACCCAGAGGAGGUGGAUGGAGAGGAGGCGGUGGAUGGAGGGGAAGUGGAAAGCAACCUCCCGUGUGUAGACAAUUUUCGAAAAAUGGUUACUGCCGGGUUGGUGAUAAAUGUCAGUAUCUUCAUCCUGGAGUGAACUGUCCACCGUUUUGAAAUCAGUUGAAGUGAUCGAAGGAUUUAUUGGAAUUUCCAUGGGUAGCAUAAUAUAAGUGUUCGCUUUACUGAAAGUGAACGAAUAAGAAUGAACAAUCGUACGGAAGAUAUCAAAUUGUAUUCGAUACAAGCUUAUAUUAGUCGAGGAAAUUGAUUAUAAUGUGCAAUUUUCUAUUAUUACGAAGGAUCAGGCAAAUAAUAUGACAUUUAUACCAUGUAUAUUUUCACAAGAUUGAACUAUAUACAAAUCGAUUUCUUUGCAUCGUGUAAUAUGGAAACUGAAUAUUACAAAAGAAUGUCGUGAUAAAAGUUUAUUUUUCACGAGUAAUACGUGCAGAAUUUUAAUAUCGAAAAACUACUUUGAAUCGAAAAUGACAAUGAAAGGAGAACAAUAGGUUCGUCGGCUGCUGGACGGCAAGAGGUUCCUACACGUUACUUUUUAUUAUAAUUUUAGACAGAUAUUUAAAAAAAGGUCUGCAAUAAUGUCAGAGAUAUUUUUUAUCUAUCUGUUUUUUUAUAAUAUAUUAACAAUUGGAGUCAUGUAGAAGCAAAAUCUCGAUUAACAUGUCUUCCUUUUACGUUCAUAAUUUACAGAGAGUAGCCACUGCCGAAAAAUAUGAAUGAACUAAUUAUAAUAAAAACUAAACUGUACGGGAAUCGUCGUGGAUUUUAAUCUUAUUGGCAUGACCAGUGAUGAUUUCAAAGUGUAUGACGCUAACGAGCAGGAAGUGCAAAUUCCAAUAUAAGAAGCAUUUGUCUUUCAGAUUGCCAGAUGGGUGUCUAAUCGCUUUCUACUAAUGAAUAUAUGUAAUUAAAAUAUUGUUAAAAAUGAAUUGAGGGUAAUAUACAACGUAAAAUUGUAACACCAAAAGUUCAAAUAAUGAGUUAAAUAACUUUUUAUUAAAUUAAGAUAUCUUACAUUUAGUCGUGUACGUAGAUUGAUUGUAAAUAUUAUAAUUGUACCAUUUUGUAUAAAAUGUCGCUAGCUCUAAUAACAAGAGACUGUUUUAGGCUUAAAAUACUAUGUAAUAAUAUAAAAGAAGGCAACUUUUUAGUAAAAACGUGUAUGUAUAAUUUGAAAUAGUUCAAUGCGAAACGAUCUAAUAUUUGUUGAGUACACGUUCAUUUAUAAAUGUGAACUUGUAAUCUAUAAAACGAGAUCGCAAGCAUACUAUUGUAUUAAAUAUUUUUUACGAAUUAAGGGUAGUGGUUAUUUUUUGUAUAUGAUUGAUUGUUAUGUUUGUAUAUAACAUUGAUUGUUGUAUAAGAACUGCUUGAUGGAAUACAUGAGUCAUACCUAUUUUCUAAAAUAUAUUGCAUUAUUAUACUAAUUAAAAGACUCCCUUUACAAUA